ACCAAGGAUGUGGUUACAUAGUUUAAAAGAAGAAGUGUUUUUAUCUGACGCCACAGUUUGCUUUCAGGAAAGUGUCAGACACUCACAUCAGAGCACAUUUACAGUGAAACACCAUGAACAACAACAGCAACUGUUCAUUUGAAGAUGUGGACUCGCUUGUACAGUCAGUAGAGCUGGUCAUCUACGUGCCCAUCUUUGUGUUUGGUAUCCUCUUAAAUGGCACUGCACUUUGGGUGUUCUGCUUUAUUUUUAAAAAAUGGACUGAAUCUACCAUCUACAUGAUCAACUUGGCUAUAAUGGAUCUGCUUCUCUUGCUUCAGCUGCCCUUCAAGAUGCACGCCACAAACUACAAGUGGUCAGGCAACAAAAAGGAUUUCUGUUCUUUCCUGGAAAGCCUGUACUUCAUGGCCAUGUAUGGGAGCAUCUACAUCAUUAUGUGCAUAUCUGUGGACCGCAACCUUGGCAUAUGCUACCCAUUCCUUGCCAAGCGCCUACGUUCCAAGAAAAGUGUCUGGAAGGUGUGUUCGGCAAUUUGGCUGUUGGUGAUAGUAGCAACUAGUCCAGUUUAUACAUUCAAACGAAAGGGAACUGAAGAAUUCCAUUGCUUCCAUGGCUUUUCAAAUAAGGCAUGGAACUCGGCACUUAUUGGGUGUCUGGAGGUGUUUGGCUUCCUGCUGCCUACUCUUGUGCUGAUAUAUUGCUCGGUGCAGAGUAUCCGUACCCUGAAUGAUAGAAAAUUCACAAGCAGUCCUGACAGAGAAGCUGGUGUCCGGAUCAUUUACAGCAGCCUGUGUGCUUUCCUGGUGCCCUUCACACCAUGCCAUAUAGCAAUCUUUCUCCAAUACCUGGUCCACAGCUCCACCAUCUCUGAAUGUGAUGCCAAGAAAAGGAUCUCCCUGUUUUUACAGUUCUCUCUCCACCUGGCCAACAUAACAUGCUGCCUGGACGCCAUAUUCUACUAUUUUAUAGCCAAAGAGGUACGGUCAAGUAAAGACAGAAUCAGGAUGUCCAUCGGUAGGAUUAGAAGUGUGAGUACCUCAGAAGCAUAAGAAAGAAAGUGUGGAUUUUUUUGAUUAUGGAUUCUCAAAACAUGAUGGUACUUACUAAGGCUCAUUAUUGAUACAAUAAUCUGUUUAAUAUAGUGUGCCUCAGAGGCAGAAGAAAAAUGGUCAUUUUAUAAAGAUGACUUUGAGAAAGAAGCUGCCAUGUGCAGGUGUGGAGGUUGGCAAGCUGAAGACAUUUAAUGUUGGAUUAUCAAAAGCAGUGAUACAUAUCAAGACAUAUUUACUCAUUUUAACUCCUCUGUUUUGUGUAAAGUGUGCCUCGGAUGUGUAAGAUAGAAAAGGGUUUCUUGUCUGAGUCACCUUAGCGGCCUGUCAAAGGUUGUUCUCACGCGAAGGGAGCGUGCCAACCUGAACAGAGAUUUCAGAAAUGAAUUCACAGAAGUUUAUGAGCUUUAUCUAAACCGAUUACUUAUAGUACCAUUUGGUUAAACUAAUCUGUUUUAUGUGCUAUGUAUCAUAGGGACAUGAAGUUUGUUCAUGAUUAGUUUAAUAUAUAUUAAGCAAUAAAUAUUUAAUUGGGGAAAGGGCUGAGAAAUCACAGAGGAUACUGCUAACAGCUUUCUUAUUUGGGUGAAUAAGUGGGCACAGGCAGCAUGCCUGGCAGUUUCACUCUGUCUCAGACUUGUUUCUUUUUGUUCUACAAUUCACAUGCCUACUGGACAUAGUAUCAGAUGCAUAAAGCAUUAUUUAAAAGUAAAGUUUGUUAUUUCUUAAAUUUUUUUUCUGAUAAAGGUCUAAUAUAACUUUUUAACUGUUUAAUGUAGCCUUAUCUUUUAUUCCUUAUUUUUUUUCAGUGUAAUAUGGAUCUAAUACAGUAUUAGGUACCGGUAAUACCUAAAUAGUAACAUAGGGUAAUAAUUUCUGGUUUCCUAAAUAACCUGUUGGUCUAUAACUUUGCACUGUAAAAAAAAAUCCGUUGUUUUUAUGGAAAAAUACUGGCAGCUGUGGUUGCCAGAAUAAUCCUGUUAAAAAUACAGUGAAAUGUAAACAACAUUACAGAAUAACUUGUACAUUUCACUGGGAUUCCAUGUAAAAUUAAUGAUAACUAAAUGUAAAUUUUACAGGUAUUCAAUGUACAAUAAUCAAUACAUAACUUAAUUUUACGGAUAUUCAUUGUACAAUAAACAAUGAUUGCAUGAACAUUUCAUGUUCAAACAAUGAUUGCACGAAAAUUGCAUGAUCUACUAGACAGAUAUUUUACAUAAAUUCACUGUUAAUUCUACGGACAUUUUUUACAGUGUGUAGCCGUUUUCUUUACUAUUUUUGAUGCUGGAUAAUACAUUUCAAAGCUCUUUCCACUUGAUGUGUCAUAUUUAUAAUGAGGAGGGUUUUUUUUCAACUAUCAACAUUCUUUAUGGGACUAAAACAAUAAAAGGACUAUAUUUUCUGCCAUGUUUAUUUUUAAGAGUGUAGGUGAUAUGAUUAAGUAUGUUGCAUUCUGCUGAACGAUACAGUAAUGUAGCUAUUACUGCUUUGAUUUUUCAGAUAGAGGAUAACUAUGUUGUAGAUUUAUUUUCUGGAGAGAUCCUAUACAUUUGUAAACAGUCUGAGCCAAACUGAAUAAAGAACAUCUAAGAAAA